UGUGAAACACCUCUGGCCCCCGACCCUAAUCCCCUUAUUGUUUCACUGCUCCUGCGAUUCUGCCUGGGCUUCUUCUUUACACUUGCCUUCUCUGUUCCCAUCUCUUCUUCGUUCGUGAUCUUCGCGCGCCGUUUCUGAUCUCACCGGCAGCCACCGAGAAACUAAGUCGUAAAUACGUUCAUCUCUCCUAGAAAUGAACUCAAUUGCUAGGCGUUUAUCAAGCUUAUUUGGGAAGUCAGCUUGCGCCACUGAACCCUUGAAUAGUGGGCGUCAUCAACUGCAGCAACUUCAGCAAUGCAGAGGCAUACGAGUGCGGGUCUUUAAUGGGAACUUGGAAUCGGCAUUGGCAUUGAUGCAGCGUAAGAUGACAUCAAGUGGGAUCGAGAGGAUGAUAAAGAAAGAACAGAGAUUCCAUAUCAAAAACUCUGAAAAGCGUGUUUUAGCCCGAAAGAACUUGGAGCGGAGGCUUCGAUCCGAGGACCUUGCCCGGAAACUUAAGGCUAUUAUGAUCAAGAAAGUCAGGGGUCUUUGAGAAUGUUGCACUAAUAUCGGAAAAGAUAUGGUUGGUAACAGUUGCAGUUAUGUGGUUAUUUGUUGGUGGCCACCGCAGCUGUCACUUUCUUUCAAAUUGUAUGAGGGGGUAGUAUGUACUUUGGUAGCUAUUAUUUUGGGUAUCAGAUGCAUUGUUGCUCUCUCAUUAACUAAGAAUAAAGCAAAUAUUUUGUGAUAACUGAUAAGAAUGGCAAUGGUUUUAUUUGGCCAA